AUGCCUGAAGUCCUCACCCGCGCUGAGGUCGCAAAGCACAACACCGAGGACUCCCUCUGGUGCAUCAUCGACCACCGCGUCUAUGAUCUCACCGAUUUUGUCGACGCCCACCCGGGCGGCAGCGUCGUACUCGCACAGGUUGGCGGCCAGGAUGCCACCGUCGAUUUUUACAACUUGCACCGACAAGAGGUUCUAGAAAAGUACCGCGAUCAGCUCUGCAUUGGUACCCUGGAGGGCGAGAAAUCGGAGGUUAUCGAACCCAAGGCCGGUGACCUGAGCCUCGUCCCCUAUGCCGAGCCGUUGUGGUUGCGUCCCCAUUUCAAGAGUCCUUAUUUCAAGGAAAGCCAUCGCCGUCUGCAGAAGGCGAUUCGCGAAUUUACCGAUUUACAUGUCACUCCUGAAGCACAAGAGAAGGAGAGGGACGGUACCUACAUCAGCCAAGAGCUGAUUAACAAGAUGGCCGGCAACGGCGUGCUGGCUAUGCGGCUGGGCCCGGGCAAGCACCUCCACGGACUGAACUUGCUGAAUGGUGCCGUCGAUGGUAAGGAGUUUGACUACCUCCACGACAUGAUCGUCACUCAGGAGUUGGUUCGUGCCAAUGCACGUGGCUUCCAAGAUGGCAAUAUGGCAGGCAUGGCGAUCAGUUUGUCUGCCGUGAAGGAAUGGCUCCGCAAUCCUGCGUUGAAGGAACAAGUUACGGCCGAAGUCUUGUCUGGACAAAAGAAGAUGUGUCUUGCCAUCACCGAGGCUUUCGCUGGUAGCGAUGUUGCUGGUCUCAAGACCACGGCCGUGAAGACGCCGGAUGGCAAACACUAUAUUGUCAACGGUACCAAAAAAUGGAUCACAAAUGGCAUGUUCGCCGAUUACUUCGUGACAGGCUGUAAGACCGAGAAGGGAUUCUCGGUCCUUUUGAUCCCCCGCGGCGAGGGCAUUGAAACAAAGCAAAUCAAGACCUCUUAUUCGACCGCCGCCGCGACAGCCUACGUGACAUACGAGAAUGUCAAGGUCCCCGUCGGUAACCUGCUGGGCGAAGAGCACAAGGGAUUCAUCGUGAUUAUGAGCAACUUCAACCACGAGCGAUUCAUGAUGGUAGCCGCCGUGGUCCGCAUGUCCAUGACUAUCGUCGAGGAGUGUCUGAAAUGGUGCAACCAACGCAUUGUCUUCGGAAAGAAGCUCUCUGAACAACCCGCCAUCCGCCAAAAGCUCGCCCGCAUGAUCUCACUUACCGAGUCCUGCCAGGCCUGGCUCGAGUCUGUCGCCUACCAGAUGUGCAACAUGUCUUACGCAGAGCAGUCGGCGCACCUGGGUGGACCGAUCGGUCUGCUCAAGUCCCACGCUACUCGAUCCGCACAGGAGAUUGCCGAUCACUCUAUAAACAUCUUUGGUGGACGUGGCUUAACCCAGACUGGUAUGGGUAAGGUUAUUGAGAUGUUCCACCGCACGUAUAAGUUUGACGCUAUUCUUGGUGGUACUGAGGAGAUUUUAGCCGAUUUGGGAGUACGACAGGCGAUGAAGAAAUUCCCCAAGGCGAUGUUGUAG